AGAACAUGGAGAACAAAGUUCUCAAGGCUGCAAUAGCGAAGUAUGGGAAGAAUCAAUGGGCGCGUACUAGUAUAUCGUCGUUGCUGGUCCGCAAGACCCCCAAACAAUGUAAAGCGCGGUGGUAUGAGUGGCUAGAUCCAUCUAUCAAGAAGACAGAAUGGUCAAAGACCAAGGAUGAAAAGUUGAUGCACCUUGCAAAAAUUAUGCCCACGCAAUGGCGGACAAUAGCCUCCGCAGUGGGUCAUACUGCUACACAAUGUCUUGAGCGAUAUCAGAAGUUGCUGGAUGAGGCAGAGGCAAAGGAAACCGAGGAGCUAGGGCUGGCGGGACCAGGGGGAGAGUCAGCACUGAGUGCAGACGACAUCAGGCGCCUGCGACCAGGAGAGAUUGACCCCGACCCUGAAACUAAGCCUGCACGUCCUGAUCCUAUUGACAUGGACGAAGAUGAAGCAAGACGACUUGCAGUCUUACAAAAAAAGUGUGAGCUGAAGGCUGCUGGAAUCAUGUGCGGUAUAGACUACAAUGCUGACAUUCCCUUUGAAAAGAAGCCGGCGGCGGGCUUCUAUGACAUGUCAGAAGAACAGGCACGCAUUACCUCUGCGCCGGUCGGCCAAUCACUCCGCCCAGAAGCGAAGGGUGAAAAUGAUGGCCACCAAACAAAAUUCAUUGCUGCUCAUGGUGCACAGAUACAGAAGCUGAAAGAGGCGGAGAGCAUUGGCCAACGACGGAAGCUUGUGUUGCCGAACGCGCAGGUUGGUGAGGCGGAGCUAGAAGGCAUUGUCAAGAUCGGGCAGACAGGGGAGAAUGCCAAGGCAUUGGUCGGUGGCGGAAGCGAGGCAACUGCGAAGCUCUUGAGUGAUUAUGAGGGCCUGGAGGGCGCAAGGAUGGCACGAACACCUCAUACUGCACCUCAACAUGACUAUAUCAUAGAGGACAAUGUCAUGUUGGAAGCACGCAAUUUACGGAACAUGACCAUGGCCCAGACACCUUUGUUGGGAGAUGAGAACACCCCCCUUCAUGUUGGGCCGGGGGGAGGAACUGGUUUCGAGAGCGCAACUCCUCGGCAUCAAGUUGCUUUUACCCCAAAUCCUCUCGCAACUCCUAUGCAUGGCAGCCCAGGUGACGUUUCUGCAACCCCGCGAGAUGGUGCAUCGUGGGGCGCAACCCCACUGCAGACGCCUAUGCAUCAUACCCUCAGCAUCAAUCCCGCUAUGGGUAUGCCAGUUGGCGAGACACCACGCGACCUGCGGUUGCAUACCGACUCCGCCAAGCGUGCUUUAAAGGCCGGAUUCAUGAGUCUUCCAAAGCCCGAGAACAACUUCGAGCUUUUGGUUCCGGAAGAUGAAGAGGAAGAGGAUGGUACCGCUGGUCCGCUGUCAGAGGAAGAUGCUGCUGAAAGGAAUGCACAUUUAAAGCGGAUACGUGAAGAGGAGGAGAGAAAAGCCUUGGCAAGACGAACACAGGUUGUUGCCCGUGGUCUGCCUCGUCCUGCACGGGUCGAUGUGGAGCAGCUGAUGAGAGACUUAAACAUUGGGGAAGAAGAUGACGACAUGGCGGAGGUCAGAAAACUCCUAAAAUCGGAGAUUGCGGAUCUCCUACUGCAUGACUCGAUAGUGCAUCCUCUCCCUGGCACGAAUAUUCCUGGUGGCACGCCAUCAACUUAUCAGAUACCGCCAGAUGAUGACCUCACUGCUGCUAAGGCUCAGAUCCAUCUUGAACUUGCCUCCUCAAUUGGCUUUCCUGAUGCCAAUGAAGCCCAAGUCAAGGAGGGACUGGUCACGCUGUCGAGCAGCGAAGAGAUUGAUGAGAGUGCGUGUUGGGCAAGUGUCCGUCAGCAGCUUGUUUUCGAUGCCGCCUCGAGAACAUGGGUAGAGCCCAGUAGCCUAUCCGCGGAAGCUAGAAUAGCCAGUUAUACCGCACUGCUCGAGGAGAAUCGUGGAGAGAUGUCAAAAGAGGCUAGCAAAGCUGCUAAGGCCGAGAAGAAGCUUGGUGGAUAUCAAGCACGUUCAAAAGCUCUUUCUAAACGUGUUACUGAAGCUUUCAAUGAGCUCGUGCGAACAAAAGUGGACUACGAGAGCUUCGGUCGACUCAGCAUCAACGAGGCUGCAGCUGGACCAUGGAGAUUAGAGUCGCUGAAAGAGGAGGUGGAUACUCUAUCACGAAGAGAGCGCCUGCUGCAGGAGCGGUACGCCGAGCUUGACCGCGAGCGUCGGGAUGCAGAAUCCAGGGUUACUGUACUGGAGGAGAAAAUCAUGGCAGAGGCAGAGGCGCUCAAUGAAGAAGCUCUCGCUGAGAUGGAAGCAAGCGGAUUAUUCAUAGAGCGAAAGACGCCAUAG